AUGGAAGUGGAAAACCAAUACCGGUUGACAUCCAGCCGUCUGUCCCAGGAAGGCAGCAGCUCCUCCACCUUUCAUGUUCUACCCCCAGAAAACCAUGCUGACUGCCUGACCCAUCACAUCACCCACCUCGGCACUGUUAUCCCCAAUCGGAUUUUUGUCGGGGGGAUUGACAGCAAGGUUAAUGAGAGCGACCUGCGACAUUUCUUCUCUCAGCAUGGUGCAGUGAAAGAGGUGAAGAUUGUGAUAGAUCGUUCAGGACUGUCCAAAGGGUACGGGUUUGUUACAUUUGAGACCCAAGAAGAUGCACUGAAAAUACUUCAUGAUGCUAAUGGAAUCUGUUUCAAAGACAAGAAGCUCAGCAUCGGCCAGGCUGUCCGCAAGCAGCAAGUUUCAGGACAAAUUAAAACGGUCCAUGUGGCCAGCCCUGGCCCUGCUAUGCCUGUGCCGAUGUCCUGUGGGACCUUCUAUCUGACCACAUCCACAGACUAUCCCUAUACCGACCACAACGGAGUGACCUACUUCCACUGCCCCAGCGUGAGCCCUCCUGCCCAGCACUGGCCUCCUGCUCCUCCUGGGAUGCUCCCUCAGCUUCAUCAGCCUGUCUACCAGCAACCACCCUACCACCACUACCAGUGUGUCCCAAAUCAGUAUCAAUGCCCUGUUGCCCAGUUGCCGCUGCCCUCCAGUCCAGUCGUGUACUCCCAGCAGCCAAAAUAUCUGUACCAGCCCACUGAAGGAGGCUCUGUCCCAUCUCCUCUGCCUGUCAUGGAGGAAACCACAGUAGAGUUCGUAGAUCCCACGGUGCAGCAUUUUUACCCAGUGUAUCCUUCAGUGGCUCUGCAGCACAACCCAGGAAAGAAUCUGAUGUUUCCACACUCCCAGAACCAUUGCAGGCCAAAGUACCACGGUCACCUCCACCACAAGGACUGUCACUACCUGCCUGAAGCGCCAGAGCCACCAGACGCCUCCAUGCUUCACGCCGCCCAACCUCCCAUGUAG